UGCGAUUGACUAGUGAUGACCUGAGACUUGAUGGUCUAACAUUUGUGCCAUUAACAUGUAACCAGGUUGAGUUACAUGCUGAUUCUUUUUUCUUUUGACAAAAGAAAAGUUAAAUGCUGAUUCACGUUGUUGUUCUACAUAAUUUUAAUGUUAACUUUUGACACAUAAAGAGUUGCUAAACACAUUAUUUUGCUCUGUUAGAGAGAAGAUAAUGACAGUCCCGAGGAAGAAAACUCAGCACGAUCUCCGAAGAUUGGAGAAAGAUGAAAAGGCUGCUCAACUAGAUAAGAGUAUUGAAAGUGAACUAAAGGAGCGCCUAAGGAAGGGUGUCUAUGGUGAAAUUUAUAAUUUCCCCUUCAAACAGUUUGAUACUAUCCUUGACAUGGAAAAAUAUGAGUUGGCUCCUGAGAUAGAAGAGGAACAAGAAGGCGAGAUAGAGUAUGUUGAAGGUGAUGAUAUCGAGAUGGGUGACAUGGAUGAUAUGGAAGAUUUUGAAGGCUUUGGUGAUGAAGAUGGUGGAAGAAGACGAGGACAGGGGUAGCAGGCAAAGGACGCGAAUGUGAUUCUCCAGGCACGGCUUCAGUAACAUGCUUGGUGUCGAUGAUGUUGUAAUUUAGAUAAUUUUGCAUGUCUUUCUCGUGAUGACCGCACCUCUCUUCUAUGUGAUCGUAGUUUAGAUGUUCGAUAUCGACUAGUCAUAUGAAGAAAAACUCGCUA